AUGGUGCAAGUCAAAAUGUCCAAAUCGCCCGUAGACCCUCUGUCUGCCAUGGAGACCAGCGGCUCCCAGUCGCACUUCUUCCAGCUGCCCAGGAAGUUGCCUAAACGCAAGAGCCGCUUCAAACGCUCAGAUGGCAGCACGUCUUCCGACACCACAUCCAGCUUCCUCAAACGACAGGGGUCGGCUGAUUCCUACACCAGUAGACCGUCGGAUUCAGACCUGUCAGCAGAGGAGGACCGCGAGGCGUAUCGGCGUGAAGCCGAGCGCCAGGCACAGCAGCAGCUCGACAGAGCUAAGUCCAAACCUGUAGCGUUUGCAGUGAAGACCAACGUGGGUUACUGUGGAGCUCUGGAUGAGGACUGUCCCGUCCAAGGAGCUGCAGUCAAUUUUGAUGCCAAAGACUUCCUGCACAUCAAAGAAAAGUACAACAAUGACUGGUGGAUCGGUCGGCUCGUCAAGGAGGGAGCGGACAUCACCUUCAUCCCCAGUCCUCUCCGCCUGGAGGCCAUGAGGCUGAAGCACGAGCAGAGACAGAGGAAAACUGGAGGAAAUUCCUCCAGUUUAGGAGACAUGGUGACUGGGAGCUGGAGGACCACACCGCCAUCUGCAGGUGAAUCCAAACAGAAGCAAAAACAGGAACACGUCCCUCCCUACGACGUGGUGCCCUCUAUGAGGCCGGUGGUCCUCGUGGGACCAUCGCUGAAGGGCUAUGAGGUGACGGACAUGAUGCAGAAAGCCCUUUUCGACUUCCUGAAACACCGAUUCGAUGGAAGAAUCUCAAUCACCCGUGUAACUGCCGACCUGUCUUUAGCCAAGAGGUCCGUCCUUAACAAAAGACCCAUGAUGGAGAGAUCCAACACUCGCUCCAGCCUCGCCGAGGUUCAGAGUGAGAUCGAGAGGAUUUUCGAACUUGCCAAAACUCUGCAGCUGGUGGUGCUAGACGCCGACACCAUCAACCAUCCAGCGCAGCUCGCCAAAACCUCCCUCGCACCCAUCAUUGUCUACGUGAAAGUUUCCUCACCAAAGGUGCUCCAGAGGCUGAUCAAAUCCAGGGGAAAGUCUCAGAGCAAACACCUGAAUGUGCAGCUGAUGGCUUCAGACAAACUCUCUCAGUGUCCUCCGGAUAUGUUUGAUGUCAUUUUGGACGAGAACCAGCUGGAGGACGCCUGCGAGCACUUGGCUGAAUACCUGGAGAUCUACUGGCGCGCCACUCACCUGCCAGGAAACACGCCUCUUAAUCCCUUAUUGGAGCAGAGUCUGAUGACCCCGCCCUCUGCCAUCUCUAGCUUACAGAACAAGAACCAGCCGCAGCCCCGUGAGGCGGCCGGCCCGGAGGGUGAAGAGGAGGAAGAGGCGGGCGAGGAGGCCCUCUCGCCCCUGGAGCAGGACAGUCUCAUGCCAUCCGACGAGGCCAGCGACUCCCUGUCCCGCGGCCGCAGGGGGAGCCCAUGCCAAAGGGGGGUCAAGGAGGACGAGGAGGAGGAGGAAGAAGAGGAAGAGGAGGAGGAAGAGGAGGAGAAUGAGUUUGCCUCCCCCUGCCAUGCUCGCACAUACAGGGACAUGUACCCAGCUCAGCGCGGGCACACGGGCAGUGCUCACAGCGCCAACGGGCACGAGUCGCAGGACAGGCUGCUCCAGCGCGAGGCUCAGCAAGGUCACAACCAGAGGAACAACCGCCAGCGCAGCCGGCCCUGGCCCAGAGACACCUACUGA